AUGUAUCGAGCAUCUAUUAUUCACCAACAAUUUUCUACUCCUUCACUAACAUCUUCACAAUCUUCAAAAAUAAUUAAAAAUAAUUCUUCUUCAAUUUCCUUAUCAGAAAUAUCCAAUAACAACACCCCUAAUUAUUCUUCCCCAUCACCAUCCUCUUUAAGUACGUCCUCCCCUUCUUUUGAAAUUAGUAUUGGAAAAAGGCAACAAUUUAUUUUUUUAUGUAAAAUACAAGAUUUUUGUAAUAAAGGAAUGUUAGAAGUUGAUAUUGAUGGUUAUGAUGACUCAACAAAGCUUCUUUUAAUUUAUAAAGAAUCUUUUGCUGGGAGUGAAUUUUUUGCUUUACAAUCUAAAUGUCCAAAUUGUAAAACACCAUUAAUUAAUGGCGUUUUGUGCAAAUCACAUAUUCGUUGUUCUAUACAUGGUUCUGCUUACAAUAUUAGAACUGGUGUUCUUGAGGAUGGUGUUGGAUUGGACUCUAUUUGGACAUUUAAAAUUCACGUUAUCGGUUCUGCUCUAUUCACAGAAUCUAUUUCUUUAGAAAAAUUAACGUCAACACGAACAGUUUCCCUUUUAAAUUACUCCCGAAUUUCUUCACAACAAACAUUAAUUACUAACCCAAUUAUUGUUGUUGGAGGUGGAAUAGCUGGAAUUACUUGUAUUGAAACACUUAGACAUUUGGGAUAUUCUGGACAUAUUUUAAUGAUUUCAAGAGAAAAUGAUUUACCAUAUGAUCGAAAAUCACUUUCAAAAAGAUUAUUUAAUGAUGAUAAUUCACCUUCUUUUACCCUUCGUUCACGUGAUUUUCUAGAGAAACGUUUGGGUGUCCAUUUAUUGCUUGGCCAUAGUGUUCGAAAUGUUAGACCAGAAGAGAAACGUAUUUUUGUGGAAUAUAAACAAAAGAAUGGAGGUGGAGGGGAACCAACACUUGUUAGGGCUUUGGAAUAUGAGGAAUUGGGAGCUGAUUAUCUUGAAGGAAUUACACAUUUACGAACAUUAAAUGAUGCUCAACAAUUGAGUAUUGAACUUAAUGAAUCAGCAAAAAAUGUUGCAAUUAUUGGCUCUGGGUUUUUAGGAUUUGAGAUUUCUAGUCUGAUUUAUCCAAUAGCAAGAAGUGUCUCAAUUUAUGGUAAAGCAUCUACACCUUUAACAUUAUUAGGUUCAGAAGUCGGAAAUGAAAUAAGAAAAUUCAUUCGAGAACAGGGAGUAAUAAUUCGUCAAGAUUCUGUUCUACGUUCAAUGGGGGGAUUUGAUCGUGUUGAAGAUUUAAAAUUUCGUGAUGGAAUGACAGCUAUUGCUGAUACUGUUAUUGUUGCUAUUGGUAUAAUGCCAAGUACUUCAAUUCUUAUGGGUUCAGGUAUUAGAACAAAUGCAGAAGGCUAUAUCCUUGUAGAUGAAGCAAUGAGAACAAAUAUCCCUAAUAUUUAUGCAUGUGGAGAUUGUGUUAAUUUUCCUAUUUCUUUUAAUUCUGGACAAUUUGGUGAACGGAGAAUUAAUUUGCCCCAUUGGCAAGUUGCACAAUAUCAAGGUAAAAUAGCUGCAUAUACAAUAAUGGGUAUUUCUGCCCGUCCUCGUCUUGUUCCCUUUCUUUGGAUUAGACUUUUCGAUAGACAUUUAACUUUUUCAAGUCUUGACCCAACAAUUCCUGUAGAUGAACGUAUUCUUCGUGGUUCUCUUGCUAAUAAUGAUUUUGUUGCUUAUUUUCUUAAAUCUGAUAGAGUUGUUGGGGUAGCUAAUUGUGGGCCGGCAAAUGUUGCUAUACAAUUUAUGGAAAUAUUUAAACGUGAUAAAAUUGUUACAAAAGCUGAGGUAUUAGCUAAUAAAACAAAUGAUUGGAAAAGAAAAUUUGAUGAAUAA